AUGAGCCUCUCGGACUCCACACAUCAUCCCUCGGGGGCAGAGGAAGUCUCUCUUCUGGUCCAGAAAGACGACCUUGACCUCCCUUUGUCCACCCAGAGAACCCCCUCCUGGCCUCCGUCCCCGGAUGAAGAUCCUGGUUUGCCCCCUUUUCCUCUGGAAGAGCCUGCCCCCAGGCCCAUGACCCCAGGGAGCCUUCCUUCUCCAGCCUUGUCCCUGGAGGAAGAGGAGGAGGAGGAAGAUGAGGAGGAUGGAGAAGACUCUGAGGAGCCCGAGGGGCUGUGCAGCGAGGAGCAUCCCAGCCAGUUUUUCGCGGAGGCACAGCGGCUGCGAGAGCAGAGGUUGCUGCUGGACGAAGAGGUGUCAGUCGCGGGGAGAGCGUAUGGCGUGCAUCGGGUGAUCUUGGCUUCAGUUAGCAGCCUCUUCAGAGGCAGGCUGCUGGGCGGCAGAGGUCCGCAACCCCCCCUCAGCCUGGACGUAACCCCGGCGGCCUGGGAGGCCGUGCUGACCUUUGCCUACGAGGGGGUGCUGGGAUCCGCCGCACGGGAGGAUGUGCUGGUCGCCGCGGAAGCCCUGGGAGCCCCCCGGGUAAAGGCUGCGGCCCAGUGGGGACGCCAGGGGACUGCAAGUGGACGGGAAGAUGAAAAGCAGCCCAGCCAGGCAGAGGAACUGAGAGAAAACCUGCGCAGCAUUGAGCUUCUGUACCUAGAAGGCAUCGGGUGCGACCUGGAGCUGGAGGCAGGCGGCUGCCGGCUGCGGGUGCACCGAGCAGCCCUCGCCUGUGGCAGUGAGUUCUUUGGGGCCAUGCUCCUGAGUGGGAUGAGGGAAUCCCAGGGCACAGAGGUGUCUCUGCACACCAUCUCUGCCCAGGACCUGCGACUCCUCGUCUCUUUUGCCUACUCUGGGGUUGUGCGGGCAAAGUGGCCAGGACUACUGAGAGCUGCCCAGGCUGCUCUGCAGUACCAGAGCUCCUCCUGCCUGGCUCUGUGCCAGAAAGCCCUGGCACGAGGCCUCAGCCCUGCCCGUUGCCUGGCCCUGAUCCCCAUGGCAGAAGCCCCAGGGUUGGAGAGGCUCUGGAGCAAAGCCCGUCACUACCUCCUCACCCACCUGCCCGCUGUGGCUUUGUGCUCCACUUUCCCUACUUUACCGGCAGCCUGCCUGGCUGAGCUCCUGGACAGUGAUGAGCUACACUUGCAGGAGGAGUUCGAGGCCUUUGUGGCUGCACGGCGUUGGCUAGCUGCCAACCCGGACACCCAGGAGUCAGAGGCCAAGGCCCUGCUUCGAUGCGUCCGCUUUGGCCGUAUGUCCACCAGGGAGCUGCGGAGGGUAAGGGCGGCCGGGCUGCCUCCACCCUUGAGCCCCGACUUGCUGCAUCAGCUGAUGGUGGAGGCUGAGGUUCCAGGACAAGAGAGACGGAGGGAGCCUGACCAGGCACUGGUGGUGAUUGGCGGGGACGGGCUCAGAUCAGACAUGGCCAUCAGACAGCCAUCCCGAGGAGUAUGGUGGGCCCGGGCCUUUCGCUGCGGCAUAGGACUGGUUCGAACUGUGGAGUGGGGGCGGCUGCCUGCCCUGCCUGCCCCCGGUCGCUUCCGGCACGGGGCUGCGAGCCUAGCAGGAAGUGUGCUCUACGUGUGUGGGGGACAGGAUUUCUACAGCCACUCUAACACCCUGGCUUCGACUCUCAGGUGGGACCCCAGUCAAGAGGACUGGGAAGAGAUGGCACCUUUGUGCCAGCCUCGGAGCCUUUUUCCCCUGGUGGCGCUGGAUGGACUGCUUUAUGCCCUGGGUGGACGAGACAGUGGUAUUGCCCUCAGGUCUGUGGAGACUUAUAAUCCUGAGCUCAAUGUCUGGAGGCCAGCACCUCCUCUUCCCGCACCACGCUUUGCCCACGCAGCUGCUGUUUUGGAGGGCCAGCUGUAUGUGAGCGGUGGCUGCAGUGAGACUGGCCAGUACCAGGCCUCGUUGCUGCACUAUGAUCCCAAACUUGAGAAGCCGGCGACACUUCUGAGCCCUAUGGGGGUGCCUCGGGCUGGCCACAUCAUGGCUGCUCUGGGUGGGCAGCUGUAUGUAGCAGGUGGGCUAGGUCAGACUGGGGAUCUGCUGAGCUUCGAGGCCUAUGAUCCAAGUACUGGUAGCUGGACUCAGCUGACCCCCCUGCCCUCCCCCCAUGUCGGAGCUGCAGGUGCCGUGCUGCAGGGGGAGUUGCUGGUGCUGGGGGGCUACAGCCACCGUACUUAUGCCCCCUCCCACCUUAUCCAUGCCUAUUGUCCUGGCCUGGGCCGAUGGCUGUGCCUGGGAACUCUGCCAAGGCCUCGGGCUGAGAUGCCUGCCUGCAUCCUGACCCUGCCCGCUGUGCAGCACGUGGCUUUGGUUCCCACACGGCAUCAAAGUAAACCUGCUGGGUGAGAGGGCAGCAGUAGUAGAUGGAGGGAGGAAGGGAUAAGAGAGGAUAGAGACGAUGAGUGCAGGGAGAAAGAGAAGGCUUUGUUCAUCAUGGCAUUUCAUUCUAGCGCAGCGCUUUACAACUCAUAAAUCGCUUUUGUAUAUAUGAUCUGCGUUGAGGAAAAGGUGGUUCUGGAAUUCCUAGGGAGAGUAUGGAGGAAGGAGAGGCAGUUGAAUAUCUAGGUAAGGAGAAGAGACCUAGGGGCAACUCUACAAGGUUUAGGGACCCUGGCUCGAUUCUUGGUGGGGAAAGUGCAUCUAACUAGGAAGACAGUCAUGAAGCAUCGGUAGCAAAGGUGUAGGGGCCGUGAGAGAACAGUCAGGAAAAUUAUGAUUCCGACCAACGGAUGAAGGAGAAAAAUGAAGAAAGGUCAUCUGUGAAAAGAGCUGAGGAGUACGUUGGGAGGACUCUAACUGCUGCUUCUUUUUACUCUCCAAUUCCUGGGACACCCAAACCCUCUUGAUGAUGUUCUUUCUCAGGUAGCUGGUAGACUCAGUCUAGCGUUUCCUCAGCCACACACCGCAGGCUGCCCCUAAGAGCCUCUUGGAUUUCAAUAUGAGGGUGAAUUUCCUUCCUGGACCCGGCAUAGCACAGGGGCCAAUGCCAGGGCGACCAGGCAGGGAGGCUGCAGGUGGGGAAGAGGAGGAGAAAGAGGGAGGCGUCCAUGUGGAAAGGGAUGAAGGAUUUGAGGGCAUGGGGUGGGAGAGGUCAGGAGCUGACUGGCUUCUUUCCUCCCCUUUGGGAUGAAUCGAGGGAUCAGGAGGGAAAACGGUACAGUUGUGGUGUGUGGUCCUAAGUUGUGAGAGGAAGCGGCAGAGAGGAGAGAGGCAGAGAAGACCCAGAAAAGUGGUUUCUUUCUCUGCUCCUUUCUUCCAGAGUUUUUUGAAUCCAUUUCCCUUUCUCCUGGCCAGGGAAGGCUGAGUCAGAUGUUUCCUCUCUCUCUUCCUCCACCCUGCUUUUCUGUCCCCUUUCCCCUUCUCUUCUAUCUUUUCUUCUGUCUCCCUCACAGUUAGAAAUUAUCUACUGUGUGCCAGGUACACUGUGAGGCACUAAGGACCCCAAGGUCAGGGAUUUUGACCAGAACACAGACUUGUAAGCAAAUACAAGUUUUACAGUGGACUUAGAAGUAUGGACACUUGCCUCAUAGCUCUCACAAGAGCCUCACACCCUACAAGCCUCACAGUUGAAGGUAUGAAAACCCAGAGGACAGAGAGGGAACUCUGUCCAGGGAAGCCUUCUUUGAGGGAAGGCAUCAUUUGAUGGGUAUAGACUGAACUGGAUCUUGAAGGUUCCCUAGAAACUCACCAGUCUGAGGAGGGAGGCAUUCCAGUCAGAAGAAAGAGGCAAAUGGGAUGUAUGGUGCCCUGUGUCUCCACAGCAAAGGGGAAGUCAGUAUUCCAGGGGUUCUUCAGGGAAUUCUGCUGCUAUUCCAGCCUAUUCUUUUCCCUGAAAGCUUCUUGAAUACAGGGGCUUUCAGUUAACAAUUGUGUGUUCCCUUCCUCCACAACUCCCCUACAUCUUUCCUGUCUGGUGUUUCCACUUCUGACCCCUGAGCAGCUUAGGGCAAAGGCGGGCCAGUUCUUUGUACAGGUCAGUUUUCUCUUACCACUGCUUAUUAAGAUUCUCACUCUGCUAAGGUCAAGAUGAGGGAGCCUUCCUUGCUUCUUUCUUCAUCCUGACAUGUUUUUGUUUGUUUUGAGAUUUCAUUAUUUUGCUAAGGUUUUUUUUUGUAUCUCUGUUUAGGAACAUAGUUGAAAAUGAGGAGGGGUAAGUAGGAUAUAUAAGAGAACAGAGAAGAAAGAUUGAAGAGGACAGGGAAGAAGGAAAUUGGAAGCACUGAGAAACUACAAGGGUUGAGUCUUUAGGGUGAACUUCUGUGAUCAAGUUCUUAGUGAUUUGUAUGCAAAGACAGACUUAAAUAAAGGUUUCACCAUGACUGA